AUGGCAUCCCAACCACCGAGUAACCAACGCCCACAGAUACAGCCUUGUAGAUAUAAAACCGGUAAAACAUUAGGAGCAGGAUCGUAUUCUGUGGUGAAGGAAUGCGUUCAUAUUGACACUGGCCGGUAUUAUGCUGCGAAGGUUAUCAACAAGCGAUUGAUGGCGGGGAGGGAACAUAUGGUUCGUAAUGAAAUUGCUGUGCUCAAGAGGGUGUCAAUGGGUCAUCGGAACAUCCUGACUUUGGUAGAUUACUUCGAGACAAUGAACAACUUGUAUCUUGUCACCGAUCUUGCCCUUGGAGGGGAACUGUUUGAUCGAAUCUGCCGUAAGGGAAGCUACUAUGAGUCCGAUGCGGCAGAUUUGAUCCGCGCAACCCUCUCCGCCGUCGCAUAUCUUCAUGACCAUGGGAUCGUGCAUCGAGACCUAAAACCAGAGAAUCUUCUGUUUCGCACACCAGAAGACAAUGCAGAUCUAUUAAUUGCAGAUUUUGGUCUGUCGAGGAUCAUGGAUGAGGAACAAUUUCAUGUCCUCACCACCACCUGCGGAACGCCAGGAUACAUGGCUCCAGAAAUCUUUAAAAAGACCGGCCACGGAAAGCCUGUAGAUAUUUGGGCCAUUGGUGUAAUAACAUAUUUCCUCCUCUGCGGUUACACCCCCUUUGAUCGAGAUUCCAACCUUGAAGAAAUGCAGGCCAUCCUUGACGCCGAUUACUCAUUUACACCCCUCGAAUAUUGGCGGGGCGUCUCCGUAACCGCCCGUGAAUUUAUCAAACGCUGCCUCACCAUCGAUCCCAAAGCGAGGUUGACAGCCCACGAAGCCCUGCAACACCCGUGGAUCAACCCACCCACCGAUCCCAUGGACCCCAUGUCGCCCCAUGCGUAUGGGCUCUGGAGAAGAUCUUCUACCUGUCGUCAAGAAGAACUUCAAUGCAAGGCGCACACUUCAUAA